AUGACACCUACGCCCUCUUCGCUCGCAACGCGCCUCGCGGGCCUAUCCGACCAAAACAAGCAAUCCGUUCAGCUCAUCUACCGCCUCGCGAAACUCCAAUUUCAGCCCGGUUCCACUCCCCUCGACGGCGACGAGGGCGACGUGCGCGUCGAGCUUAGCUCCGAAAUCCACGACAGCUUAAAGCUCCAAGAAGAAGAGCUCGAGUUGCUCAGACAAGAGGUCGAGGAUCUCACUACCGGUGGUGCGCUGGGCAGCAAGAAAAAAGACAACGAGAAGGAGCGUGAAAAGAGUAGAUUGAGCAUCCAGGUCGCACGGCUGGGCGAAGACCUGAAGCAAGCACGAAGCCAGUUCCGAAAGGCCCAGUUGCAAGCCAAACGCAACGCCGAAGCUGCAAAGCAGAAGGAGCGCCAGCUGCUCUUUGCCGGAAUUCAAGAAGGCAACACCACACCCACUGCAGGAAAGCGUCGUGGAGGCACCGAGAAGCUCACGCAGGACGAAAUCAUCGCCAACGCCUCGGGCGACGUGACUGCUGCUCUGAGACGUACCCACCAGUUGAUGACAUCUGAGCUGUCACGCUCCCGAUUCGCACAGGAAACACUCGAUCAGUCCACGGCUGCACUCGCAGAGCUUGGUGAAAAAUACACAGACCUCAGCACGCUUCUCGCAAACUCAAAGACUCUCGUCAACUCGUUACUCAGGUCGCAGAAGAGCGAUACUUGGUACCUCGAGACAACCCUCUACAUUCUCCUCACCACAAUCUGCUGGCUUCUCUUCCGGAGACUUCUCUACGGACCUCUCUGGUGGUUCACCUGGCUCCCUCUCAAAUUCGCGUACAAGUUUCUAUUCUCGAUCCUCACAACAGUUGGUCUAGCCGGCGGCGCAGCAUCCACACAGGCCCUCUCGUCACAGGCAGUAACGGCAUCUUCGUCUUCCCUUAUCAUUCAGCCUAGCGCGUCCAACAAGGCACAUCCCAGAAUGUCAGACCAGCCGAACCACAACAUUCCCGCCGGGGCGGGUGGCGCGGGUGUCAAGCGGGGAGACCCGCAGCAGCAGCAGCAGCAGGACCCCAGCCAGGCGGGGAGCAUGUCCGAGCAGAUUGGGCAGAUGGCAGAGCAGGCGGCGAAGCAGCAGGACGAUGUGCCGAGGAGAGGGGACGGCGAGCCGUUGGUCGAGUCGGACAAACCGCGAAACCCGAAGAAGAGGAUGUGGGAUGAGAACGUGGAGAGGGCUAAGUAUGAGGCGCAGCAGCAGGAGGAGCAGAGGCAGAGGGACGAGUUGUAA